AUGUACGUGUCUGUGGAACUGGUUUCCACCACGCUAUCUGUGAUCUCGACGGUGUGCUGGAUUAUGGCACAGGUGCCGCAACAGUUUGAGAAUUACAAGAACAAAAGCACCGAUGGAAUCAGUGUCGAGUUCCUGUUGUUAUGGUUUUUGGGCGAUCUUACCAGUUUCCUAGGCUGUUAUCUAACCGAACAGCUCCCAUUUCAACUGUAUUUGUCAUGCUACUUCCUGUUUAAUGACCUGGUGCUGUUGUUUCAGUUCCUACAUUACGGCGGACGACUAAGACUUCAUAGACCUGUCUCUUGGUGGACGCUCCUUUGGACAAGAUUCGUGCCUGUGAGCGCUGAACAAACAACCACAGGCGUCCGGUCGGCGUCAGUGGGGUCAAUCGUGGCCUGGAUGUGCACGUGUAUCUAUUUAUCGUCCAGAAUGCCGCAAUUGGUGAAAAACUAUCGCCGCAAGUCGGUGCACGGCAUCUCUCCAUUACUUUUCGCGUUCGCCCUCAUGGGCAACCUCACCUACUCGCUAUCCAUCUGCUGCAACGCGUGGAUGCUGCCAUUUGCAGAAAGAAGCGCGUUUCUACAAAAAGAAUUACCUUACAUCCUGGGUAGCAGUGGAACCGUGCUAUUUGAUCUGCUAUACUUUUACCAACGUUGGAUGUAUGCAAAGCCGCACGAUUACCUGGUCCUGGUGGAGGAGUGA